AUGAAUGAUGACGACCCGGAAUAUGAUGAAGAAACGGGACUUAAUCUGUUCCUAAGACUUGGUGCACCAUGGCUCGUGCAGAAAACUGGUUGUCCAGAUGUCGACACUUAUCUUAGCGGUGGGGUCGCUAAGGGUAAACUUACCGAAUUUGUUGGUAAUAUUGCUUCCGGAAAGACACAGUUAUGUCUUUCGCUCAUAGCAAAUCAAUUAAUCAAUGAUGAAAAGGAACAAAAAAUCGUUUACAUCGACACAAACGGUAGUUUCCGUAGUAGUCGUUUACUGCAAAUGUUAAAAUCUCGUGGUGUACAGGAUGGAAAUACAGCAAAAGGAAUGCUUGAACGAGUGUUUAUAUCACGGACUUACGAUGAAAAAGAUCUUCGAGCUGUACUCUCAGAUAUUCAAGUCAUUCAAAAUCUUGCACUCGUUCUAAUCGACAGUAUUGGUGCAGCAUUAGCAUUUACAGCUUGGGGAUACUUCGAUGGAGGUCGGAAAAUUCAGGAUGAAAUUAUUGCUAUACUUCGUUACAUGGCACAUCGUGGUUGUGCCAUCGUAACAACAAACCAUUUUGUUUACUGGCGUGGGGAGCCAUCACCAUCACUUGGUAAACGAUGGAUCAAAGCGGUUGAUUUCAGAUAUUUACUAUUCAAAUUAUCAGAUUCCAAUUGCUAUAUGCAAAUCAUCUCUCCGAAUCAUCACAAGGCGGUUGACGACAAAGUAUUUUAUAAAAUUUCGAAGAAAGGCAUCGAUUCGCUCACCAACGAAUCACAAGUGGUACAAACGCAGUAUACGGAUGCAGUAAUGACGCAAAACUGGAAAACUAUUAAACAAAUCUAUGCGCAGAAUGAUUAA